AUACGCGCCUACGUCACACGCAGCCGUCCUGGGGAUUGUGGGAUACAAGAUGGUCGCUGCCUUUUGUGAUACCUGGUGUGCGGCUUCCUCAUAAUAAUUCGUGGCACCUAAUACCGAGCCGGUUAACACCCUGCUGGAUACAAUGCCUAAGUGAUUGCGUUUUUCUGAUAUUCAUCGCAAAAUUCACAUUCGUGUUGUGGCUUCAUAAUGUCAGAGCGGGACUCCAAAGUGAAGAGACGUCCAGCCCAGUCGAGCACAGCGUCAGAUGAACGGAGGUCUCGGAGCACAGAAAAGGACAAGAGGAAGCGUAAGCGCAGUCGUAGCCGGUCGUCUUCAUCAGCUUCCACCUCGUCUAGCUCGUCUUCCUCAUCGUCAUCCUCGUCUUCCUCGUCGUGCUCCUCCCUCAGUGGGAGCAGUUCCAGCUCCAGCAGCAGCAGCAGCGGGGAUUCCCACAGCAAGUCAAAGUCCAAGAAGAGGAGUAAGGAGAAGCGUCACAGAAAGAAGGGAAAGAAACAGAAAAAACACAGAAAGAAGAAGGAGAAGAAGAGUAGAGGUGAAGAUGGAGAUUCUGGUCCAGUGCAAAUAUCCAAGUAUCUCAGGGAGAAGAGGAAGAGUGGGAAGUACAGCAUGAUCUCAGGAAAGAGGAUCAAGCUGAAAGUCAAGAAGUCCAAGAAGGACAAGCAGAGGGAUAAAAAUCGUGCAGAACUGCUUGAGUUCCUGAACUCUGCCCUGUGAACAGACCCCCCCCCCCCCGGAUUGUGGCUGUAAUACAGCACCCCGCCUCCUACCCACUACCACCCCGUCACUGUAGUUACAGAAUUUUCCUCGACAUCCUGAAUUCUUUUUGCCAGGAGUUUCCUUGCAACCAGCUACAAUGACACUCAGGGAAAUUCUUGACCUGAUCCUACACCGGGAUCGUGUUGCUGAUGACGUUUAACCGUCAGGACGACCACGAGAAAGUCUGGCCAGGUGUUAAAUAAGAUUUCAGCAGAACAGCUGACCCAGUGGAUUAGACUGGAAGAAACCUGUUGUCCACAAAUUCCUGGAACUCUUUCCCCGCCACGAUUUAACAUUUCAUGGGUUUUAUCCCUUUAGUAAGCAAUACAGCAUAUUUAGGAUAAUCAGUGCUUAAGGCAAAUCUUAACUUUUUCACUGUUUCAGUCUUGAAUCCUUGUUCCAGCCCCUCUCCUCCUCCAGGGGUCAUUCCUGUGAUCCAUUACCUGCCUCUACUUGCAUAUCUAUCCUUCUCGUCAUUUGUUUACGGUGGUGCUUAUUGAAAAUAUGGUUUUAAGAACCAGGGGGUCUGGUAGGUGCAACAUUGGAGUAUUAUACCAGUGUCUGAGCUACAGUAAAGAUGGACGGGAUCCUUUUAUGAUGACUGAAUACUGUGUUUAUUUUUAUAGACAGUCUAGCUGGAGGAACGUCACAGGAACGUGGUUCUGAGGGGAGUCCGUGGGUUAUGUUCCUUUUUAUGCUCAGAUGAUGUAGUAUGAUUGCUCUUGCAUUCAGAUCAGAUCCAUGUAAAUAUUGGCCCUAAGAGUCCCUGUACCAGAGUGAUACCAUUCACAGACUAUUCUGGAAUAUUCCUGAAAGAAAAGCUUUCUGCCUGCCUUGAUUGGUCACUUUGACAGGAAAUCAUCUUUUCAUAAUCGACGUCAAUGUAAUAUGUCGUCCCCCCCCCCCCCCCCCGUAAAUAAAAUAUAUAUGUGUGUGUA